AUGCCGUCCAUCCACGGCCUGAUCGCCACUGGAGGACAGCACCCUCGCCACCCCAUGGGGUCACCGCUAGAUACCAGGUUUAAACGCAUCUCCUGCCCAUCGUACCGGGGUGUGAUUUCCUGCCAGUCUUUUUAUCUGACCAGCCAACACAGAGGCCAGGAAGGUCCCAGCAGUGGAGGACUUGCCCCGCAGAGGCAGGAUGCAGAAAUGGCCUCACGCCCACGGGCCACCAGGCCCCAUGGCCACCACAGAGAUGAGAACCAGCCGCAAACAGAAGCCACAGCCCGGAACACAGGGAAGCGCAUAUCCCCAGGCAGAGUGGGCCUAAACAUGUGCCCUGUCAAAGGGCUAGGACUUCGGGCUGCCCGAAGGCCUGGCAGGGGGUUAGGAGCAGCAUCUUCCCCACGGGGUCCUCGCCCUGGUGCCCCCGUCCCUGCAACCUGCAGCUGCACACGGUUCAUCUACUACCGGGGUCAGCCCACUCGCAUCAGCUCCAAGAGACCCAGGCGGUCCAGGAUCCAGCGGUGCCACGUCCGGGCACCAGGCUGGGCCCAUGAGAGACAGAUGGGAAGCAGUGGUGAGGAGGGGCUCCAGGCUCAACUAAGCCAGCUGGACCAAGAUGCAGUCAGUUUAGGAGUCCAGGAUGCUGACAGGCCCCCAGUGGUCCUCCUGGAAGGACUCCCACUGGAGGGAGACAAGCAGUCCCCCAGCACCGGGCAGGGCCCCUUCUUCUACAUCGGGGGCACCAAUGGAGCUUCAAUAAUCAGCUCCUACUGUGAAAGCAAGGGCUGGCAGCGUACCCAGGACAACCGCCGUGAGGACUACAAGCUGAAGUGGUGUGAGAUCAAGUGCAAGGAGAGCUACAUCAACUUCCGGGAAGGCCAGCAGCUGCUGUUCCAGCUCCCCAACAACAAGCUGCUGACCACCAAGAUUGGGUUGCUCAGCGCCCUUCGGGAGCACGCACGCAUUGUAAACAAGAGCAUCAAGACACCUCCAGGCACCCAGGCCAAGAUCCUGAAAAUGGACGAGUUUUUCCCGGAGACCUACCGGCUGGAUAUCAGGGAAGAGAGACAGGUCUUCUUCACCUUGUUUGAUGAAACCCAGAUAUGGAUCUGCAAGCCCACGGCAUCCAACCAGGGAAAGGGCAUCUUUCUGAUCAGGACCCAAGAGGAGGCAGCCACCCUGCAGGCUAAGACUCAGAGCAUCGAGGAUGACCCCCUCUACCGCAAGACGCCCUUCCGGGUGCCUCAGGCUCGAGUGGUGCAGAGGUACAUCCAGAACCCGCUGCUGCUGGAAGGGAAGAAGUUUGAUGUGCGCUCAUACCUGCUUGUUGCCUGCGCCAUGCCCUACAUGGUCUUCUUUGGCCACGGCUAUGCUCGCCUCACCCUUAGCCUCUAUGACCCCCAUUCCAGUGACCUCAGUGGCCACUUGACCAACCAGUUCAUGCAGAAGAAGAGCCCCCUGUACGUGAUGCUCAAGGAAGACACCGUGUGGAGCAUGGACCGCCUCAACUGCUACAUCAACGACAAGUUCAGAAAGACCAAAGGCCUCCCCAGAGACUGGGUCUUCACCACCUUCACGAAGCGGAUGCAACAGAUUAUGGCCCAUUGCUUCCUGGCUGUCAAGUCCAAGCUGGAGUGCAAGCUGGGAUACUUUGACCUCAUUGGCUGUGAUUUUCUGAUUGAUGAGAACUUCAAGGUGUGGCUACUGGAGAUGAACUCCAACCCUGCUCUGCACACCAACUGUGAAGUCCUGAAGGAGGUGAUCCCUGGAGUGGUCAUGGAGACCCUGGACCUGGCGCUGGAGACCUUCCAGAAGAGCUUGCGCAACCAGAAGAUGCUUCCUCUGCUGUCGCAGCACCGCUUCGUGCUCCUGCACAACGGCGAAGGGGACCUGUGGCCGCGCUUGGGGAGCUCCCGCACCUUCCCCCGCCGGCCGCAGGCGCCCAGGUCUGCCUGCGAGGGCGCGCCCUCCACGCCACCCGCGCCGCGCGCCGCAGACAGGCCGGGCGCACGCAGGCCCGCGCCUCUCCGGGGCGCGCCUGGAAGGCCGCUGUCCUCUCCACGCCGUCCGCGGCCGCCCGGCCCCAGCUCCAGCAGCAGCCCUGGCAGGGAACCCGCGGCUCUGGACGCAGAGCGGCCGCAGACGGGCUGCAGGGACUCGGCACCAGAGCCUUCCCCGGGGCCGCCGGAGGAGGAGCGCGAGGAGGAACAGAGGCGCUCGAGCCACCGAGGCUCCUAGACCGCGGCCACCAGCAACUUGUGGCCCCCCUGCGCGGCCGCGCCUUCUUGGGGACCUAUAAAGGCUACUUUGUGACAAACGCGGCCUCCGCAGCGGGUCAGGUGGGCCCUUCCCUCUGUCCCACCAGACCCCACUCCACUCCUUAGGGAGAGGAUAGGGCGUGACUGCGGGAUAUGAGCCUGUUCCCCUUCUUGGGGCAACCCACCAGCUCCUGGGCUACCAGUGGCCUUCUGCCCGUCACGCCCCAGGGUCUUUCCGAAACCGCACAGUCUGACACUAGGAUCCACCAUUGUGUGGAGUCCCCCAUGAAAGGGCUGGAUCCCCAGAAACUCCUCUAAGCUCCCUGCUUGGCACUUGUUUUCUGGCCUUUCAGACACCAGGUGGGACAUUCCCCAUUGUCCACAGCCCCCACUUCCCUGCAGAGGUUGGGACACUGGUAGGCAUAAGGGGCACAGAGCUGUUGGUCAUGACAGGAGAGUCCCAGGGAGGAUCAGGCUGAGACAGAACUGGCUCCUCCCAGUGUCUCUCCCCAUCAUGGACCUGGGGGUUUGAGGAGAGAACUCUGACAGCUCUGGGCCUCUGAGGGGUCCAAGCCCCCACCACCACCACCAUCAAGGGGUCAGGGUACUUCCUGUAAGC